CAUCAACAUCGCCCUUUCAAACCCGCCGCUCAUCCAGAUUUCCCUUUCCCGCUCGAGGCUCUUUCUCUACCAUGGUGAUGCAGCGUCCUACGUGCCGGGGCUUGACCCAUUGAUCGCCUUCGCCAAUAGCACGUGUCGUCUAUUUGUCUACGGGUUAUCCCGAUGUCUCGGAUCUCUACUCACACCCGCAACAAUAGUAACCCGACUCGGAUUUUAAGCGCGCGUGUAUGAUCGACCGUCCCGUUGCACAGACAGACGUUUUGCCUAUCCCUUCAUCCGUCACGCACGUCAACCGAACCCCAAUAGCGGGGCGAGCGAACCUCUGCAAACUACCGCAAUGCCUACCUAUCCUAUCCGCCGCAGGCCGCGGGAGUGUAAAACUUGCCUUCCAUGUCGUGCCAGCAAGGUCCGCUGUGAUCGCAAUGUGCCGUGUGGGAACUGCGUCAAGCGCAACUUCACCUGCUCCUACGGUCGUCCUCCCCCGACGGGCCCCAGACCAGCCUCCUUCGUUCCAGAUCAGUUUGCCUCUUCCGCCUCGACUCCCGCGACAACUACGCCUCAAUUCCUCCCUCCGCCGUCGUAUCAUCCCACCAACCGGGACGCUCCCUAUGGGGCCGACCCGGAAUCGGCGAGCUCGGCCACCCAGGAUGGCCUAUCUGAUAUCGUGACGCUGUCGCAAGAGGAAUGGGAUGAGAUAAACAACAAAAUGCAAACAAUGGAGCAGAUCUUGGCGAGCUUGGGCUCUCUGUUCCACUCCUAUGGUGCGCGGAAAGCCGCCGACCCUCGAUCCGAACCUUCUCACACGGAGGAAGACGCUUCUCCCGCCUCCGAAGGCAUCUAUGGGCCAACUACGCUGAAGACGGGCUCGGUUCAUAUAGGUUCUAGGUCUGCCCUGGUUGAUAUUCUGGACAAGUCGAAGGUUUCGGAGGACACGGCGCAGGCGCUACCGAAAGAAGACCUUCUCACAGAGCUGGCUUUGGGGAACGAGUCUGCCGCCUACCCCUUUGUUGAUCUUUGGUCGUCAGAUCCAUACACGUUCAAUAUCGCAGGUGUAUGCAAUGUGCUACCCGAUGACGAGCAGUGUCGAAAACUCUUAGCAUUCUAUCGGAAUAUUGGCGCAGUGCUGUAUCCCGUCCUGCCAGAUCUUGCUAGGCUCGAAGAGAACUUGAAUAGACUGUUGGAAGGCCGCCGAGCAGCUGGUGGCGUGUAUCAGCCGGAUGCUAAUGGCCUAGUGAAGCCGUGGGGCAUGAGUGUCUCGUUCCUCAGCCUUCUAUUUGCUGUUUUAGCGUCCGGUUCCCAAUUAUCUGAUCUGUCUGGGAGAGAACGAAAGUUGACCUCAUGGGUAUACGUGUCUUGUUCUUACCAUUGUCUGCGCAUGUUGAACUAUGUAUCCCAGCCAACACUGGAGGUGAUCCAGACCCUGUUGAUCAUCGGCAGUGUCUUGUCGUAUAACAUGAAUGCGGGCGCAUCCUACACGUUGCUCGGGAUGACGGAGCGAAUGUGUAUGGUUCAGGGCCUUCAUGUCGAGACCUCUGGGUUCUCACGAGCCGCGCAGGCGGCGCGGAGGAGAGUGUGGUGGGCGAUGGCUUUUCAGAACAGCCAUUUUUCCUUAGCGUAUGACCGACCGUCCAUUACCAUGAUCAAUCAGCCGGAAAUCCCGUAUGACCCGAAAUCCAUGCCUGGCCACCGAGGAUAUUUCGAAACGCUCUGCCGCCUUAUUUCCGUUAUACUCGAGAUGCUGCGAGGGUUGAUGUUCUCGCAUCAUUCCCACCUGCGAUACCAUGAAAUCCGGGACUAUAAGCAGCGAAUCGAGCGAAUCAUUGCCGAGGCUGCACCGCAUUUAAAAUCUCGUGACCGCUGUGUCACGCUAGCGGACCAUAUCGAGCGGACGGAGCUUCGGCUGCACUCCUCGUAUUUCAUCUCGCUGAUGUGCCGAGUUUCGUUGGACCCGGAUGCUCCAAUGGAUGAACAUCGGCGCGAAGUCGUUCGGGAGGACUGCUUGGCGAAUCUCAUCAAUACAAUCGAGGCGUUCAUUGAGCUGCACGCGGUUAAUUCGCAUGCGUCGCGUACCUGGAUCAGCUUACAACGGACUAUCGCGUCAGCUUUCCUAUUGGUAGCGAAUAACAAUGAUCAGUUGCACCCGCAGACGUGGGACCUGAUCCAGAAAUUGGAAGUGGUCUUGUCCGACCACGUGCAUGCGGAUAAGGAGUCGGACGGCAAUAGCAAGACGGACUCGGCCAGACAUCUCGCAUCUUCCCUUCGCGCUCUACGCGAAGUCAGUGCCGCCUUCCGCACGCGCAAAAAGCGCAACCGGCUAGUCCCGGAGAUGGCACCUACCACACCGGCCCUGUCUCCUGCAACCGCGUUCACAUCGCCGGCCUCGACUGCCCUGGGGUCAACAGCAGCGGCCUACCCCUCAGGGUAUAGCGUUUCGUCCGAGGAGGGGCACAUUGACAACAUUCUCAACCAGGUGUCGGAUGUAAUGCUCUUCCCGAGCAUGAGUACGGGAAAUGUCUGACCCCAUGGCUACCCAGGCAUGAUAGUUAGUGACUUCGUGCGACAGUUUGACCAAUGCGAGUGCACUGGCUCGCUUGCGCCGUCCCUUCUGCCGG